AUGCUUAACUUCGCUGAGCGGACGGGAAGCGGUGCUGUCAUGUUGGUAUGGUCGUAUCCAACAAACAACGCUUCAAUUCGCUUACAAAAACCCACCGCUUAUUAUUCUCGUCGAAGAGGUACUACCGAUGCGGAUGCCAACAUGCGUCGCAUCGCAGUUUCCAUUCGCACCCAUCCUCCUCCAUCAUCACAGGCACCACGUCUUAUGAGCGUAUUCGACCAGCAACGCGUCAGUAACAAUACAGCGAGCUGCUUUGGUUUUUGCUUCAGCCCAGAGGACCCGAACCACGAUGUUUUCACGCAGCAAAAGAACAGCCAGCAUAAGGUGACAAGGGACGAGGAGAGAAAGAAGAAAGAGGUGGAUGACCAUUUCACAGCUGCUUUUAACAAGCUCACGUUUGAGGAGCGACAACGUCAGCAAGAAGUCCUGCAUGGAGUGGAUGAACAGAUUGCGGAAGAAGCAACGUUCAUCCACUCGACUCUUCAAGAACUUGAUAAUCAUCUCAAGAGAAUCAAACAAGGAAGUGCUUAUGAAAUGGCGGAACGAUUGGAUCCUGAAUAUGUGAGUGCACGAGCAUUCCGAGUGAUGUUUCUUCGAGGCAACAAGUACGACGCGAGAAUAUCAGCGUCCCAAAUGCUUCGUUUUUUCGAGGUGAAGCAGAAGCUCUUUGGAGUGGAAAAGAUGGUCAAAGACAUUACGCUGGAAGACCUGGAUGAGGAUGACCGAGCAUCGUUGCGCUCUGGAUGGCUUCAGCUUCACGGGAAAGAUAGAUCUGGAAGAUUGAUAUUCGUUCAAUAUCCAGGGCUUAGACUCUUCAAGAAUCUAAUAAAUGAAUUGAGAGGGAAAUUCUACUUCAUAAUGAGGCUGGCACAGUCGGAAGAAGCGCAAUUAAAGGGAAUAGUGGGUGUUAUCUACGCUGUAGAAGAGUUGAGAGACAGCACAGGUGGAAUUGGAUUUGUCGAGAAUACCCAGGUCUCUCUUGCAAUUCCAGUUUACGUCGCCGGAUUUCACACCUGCUGUAGCGAUGUGCGCGAGUAUGCGCUUUUUAGCCUGGUAGUGAAGGUAUUACCCGCAAAAUUGAUCUCAAGAAAUCGCAUUCACUGCGGGUCGCAUCUCGAAUGUCAAUAUCGCCUAUGUUCCUUUGGAAUAUCAAGGCUGCAAAUCAACGCACUCAAUCGAGGUCUCCUCAUGCAGUCUUAUCUUUUCGGGGGAGAUGGGGCUAACCUUCCUAACUCCACAUCAUCGAUGGCCAUACAACCAAACGCCAACGAUGUUCUGUACACCGGCAACAAAACAAGCAACAACCCUGGAAACCAUUACCUGAGAAAUCUUGUCAUAGAAUUGUGGCAAGUAUACGAUUCUGCGUCAAACGAGAAAAAGCGAGUCGUUGUAGAUGAAAUGGUCGAAAAGAUUAACAGCACUGGAGGGCGAUUUCUAAGAACUACCAGUGAUGAAGAACCAUACUGGGUUGAAUCUCCCAUCGAGGAAGUACGAAUAAAGGUCGCUCAGAUGUUCCGCAAUCAGAAGCGAGCAAUAAAACGAGUAUCGUCGCGUCAGAUGAACGUCAUCGAUGGUACUCCUAUUGCAGGCAGCCCACUCCCAUCUGAUGUGGUGUUUGGCAAGUCACACAAUACUCGAGGGAAGGAGUAUAUGCACCAUCAAAUUCGGGAACGAUCCGAAGAAUACAAUGCCUUGGACCGCGGAACGAAAGCAACUGUAGUCGUCGCUGUCAUGGAAACAAUCAAAGGAAAAGGUGGCCGCUUCCUGCAACCAAUACCAUACAGUGACGGUUUUUUGGAAGUGUCAGAUGAGAAAGCUCGGGAGCGGAUAUCCAAGUAUUUCCGAAACUAUCGACGUAUACGACACAAAUAA